UCUUUUAUAUUUAUUGAAAGUAGAGGGGAAAAAAUAGAAAAAGAAAUUGUUAGAUGAAAGUCAUGAAAUCCAUGUCCAAUGUUAUUGAAAUGAAGUGUUCCAUGAUGAUAUCUUUGUUGGUUCUUCUUAUGUGUUGCUCAUAUGGUGCUACUGCACCUACAGCUCUAUGGGUAUUUGGUGAUUCUCUAGUUGAUAAUGGGAAUAACAAUUUCAUCAACUCUAUUGCCAAAUCAAACUACUACCCCUAUGGCAUCGAUUUCAAUAGAGGCCCUACUGGCAGAUUUUCCAAUGGCAAAACCUUUAUUGAUAUUCUUGGAGAACUGUUGGGAAUCGCUUCUCCUCCGCCCUUUGCAGAUCCAAGCACAAGAGGGGGUAGAAUCCUCGGGGGAGUAAACUAUGCAUCUGCUGCUGCUGGGAUCCUCGACGAAACUGGCCAACACUAUCUAGAGCGUUACCCGUUGAGCCAGCAGGUGAUAAAUUUUGAAAGCACACUAAGUCAGUUAAGGACGAUGAUGAGUCCGGGUGAUUUAAACACAUAUCUAUCAAGAUCAAUUGCAGUGAUGGUGUUUGGAAGCAAUGACUACAUAAAUAACUAUCUCAUGCCUAACCUUUACACUUCCAGUAUCAACUAUACUCCUCAACAGUUUGCCAACCUCCUUCUCAAUCACUAUGCAAGGCAACUUGUGGCUUUGUAUAGUGUAGGGCUGAGGAAGUUCUUGCUAGCAGGAGUAGGGCCACUGGGAUGCAUUCCCAAUCAGUUGGCAACAGGGCAAGCCCCUCCUGGAAGAUGUGUUGAUUAUGUAAACCAGAUGCUUGGCAGUUUCAAUGAGGGUCUUAAAUCACUCGUCGCCUCUAUGAACAACGGCAGUCAUCCUGGAUCCAUUUUCGUCUAUGGCAACACCUAUGCUGUUAUUGGUGAUAUCUUAAACAACGCAGCCAGAUAUGGGUUUAACGUAUGGGACAGAGCAUGCUGUGGGGUGGGGAGAAACCAGGGACAAAUAACAUGCAUGCCGUAUCAAUUUCCAUGCCUGGACAGGAGUAAAUAUAUAUUUUGGGAUGCAUUUCAUCCAACGCAAGCUGUGGAUGCCAUCUUGGCACAGAGGGCAUUUUCUGGCCCUCCUUCCGAUUGCUAUCCCAUCAACGUUCAGCAAAUGUCUUCUAUCAACUUUCCGUGAUGAUGUUUAAGCCGAAAGACAAAUAACGAAUUAUCUUCUUGUACUCUUCUUCACAUGUGUGUUAAUUUUAGCUGUAAUGUAAACCAACAGUUUGCAUAAAUGGAUGAGUUUGCUUGUUGUCAACUA